AUGCCAGUUACCAGGUCGCAAAAGAGCGUGCCGGUGCGGCCGCCAACGCGCCAGGAUGAAGAAGCACCCUCAUCGGCCACGGGGGGAGCGACGUCGGAAGAGGCGUCGUCCGCGACGGCGUCCACCGGUACAACGGGAACGGAAGAAACGUCAGCGACAACGUUGACGGAGACUACGGCCACCACGGAUACGACCGUGACAACGGCAGCGUCGCGUCAGAAAAAAGCGACUGCCAAGAAGGCGCCACACCAAACGCCGGAAGUCGGGGAGGAAGAGGCCACCUCGAAGAAGCCGGCGGGCGCAGGUCGUCGGCCAAGAAGCGUCAAGUCAACGAGUUCAGCAGCAAGGCGCCGCGAACUAGAAGCAAGGGAAGAACUCGCGCGUCUGGAGCUGGAAGCUGCCCAGGCGGCGACUAAACUAGCCCGCGUGCGCCUAGAACUCGCACAGAUUGGAUCCAGACCUCAGUCCUUAAGGACGGCGCCAGAGAAGAGCGCGGCGGAAAAGCCCGAACGACCGGCCAAGAAGGUGCAGCAAGUCACGGCCAAGGAAGAGGCCGCAUCGGGAAGCGCGUCGAUGGAGGUGCAGACGCUCGCCGCCGCCCUAAGGGACGCCUUCGGGAGGAGCGGCGCAGCAACGGCACCGCCAAAGUAUCUUCACGAACUACCGAUGUUCGACGGCAGCAGCAGCGAGUGGACGGCCUUCCGGGUUGUCUACGAAGAUACGGCGCCCCUAUUCAACGAGGCGCAGAAUAUGGCGCGCCUGCGACGCGCUAUACGAGGGGCAGCCCGGGACUCCAUCAAGAGUCUACUGUACUCCGAGGCGGCACCAGGUGACGUCAUCCUCGCGCUCAAGAGGAGAUUCGGCCGCCCAGAGGCGCUAGUGCUCGCGGAGUUAGAAAAAGUGCGUGCGUUACAACGAAUUAGUGAUAACCCGCGGGACAUAUGUGUGUUUGCGAGCCAAGUAAACAAUAGUGUUGCGGCAAUAAAAGGUCUGAAAAGGCCACAGUAUUUGUGCUCGCCCGAAAUGGUAAAACAGAUUGUUGACAAGUUGCCCACAGUGUUAAAGUUUCGAUGGUACGAUUACCAUGAAGGUGCGGACUGCAGUGAGCUUUCCGACUUGACAAUGAUCAGUGAGUUCUUGAACAAAGAAGCGGACAAGUGCGGUGCGUUCGCCAAUAGUGAAAAUGUCAGUGUUCGCCGAGUGCAACGACAGUGCACAAACCACAUGGAUUGCAGUGAUAACCGAGUGCAACGACAGUGCACAAACCACAUGGAUUGCAGUGAUAACAGGAACACGAAAAGGAACCAGGUAUGUCCACUUUGCAAUAACACUGAUAAUGAUCACGCGCUGCACGAGUGUCGCAACUUUCUAAAGAUGUCAGUCGAUGACCGCUGGGAAGCUGUCAAAAAGUCGAACAUAUGUUUCAAGUGUCUGAAAGACAGACAUAGAAAAAGCUCAUGCAGGAAGCCGCCGUGUCGAAUAUGUAAACGUUGGCAUCACAAGUUACUUCACAGUGAUAAUAAAGGUGCGCACGACGAGAAAGUUAAGGAAAUUUCAACUAACGUGGUCGCACCUGUGCACACUAUGUGCACUACACGCGCAUAUUUAAAGAUGAUUCCGGUUGAAAUCUAUGGGCGCACGGGUUCUAAAAAGAUAAUGGCUUUAUUGGAUGAAGGCUCUACCGUCUCACUGUUAGACGCCGAGGUGGCGACAGAGAUAGGCGCUAACGGCGAAAAGGAGGAAUUAUUAAUAGAAACAGUAGGCGGUCGAUUAAUAAGGCAUUUAGAAUCUGAAAAAUUAAAUGUUAAAAUUCGAGGCGUUCACCAAAAUACGAAACGACUUCUAGAGCGCGUUAGAACCAUGGAUAAUUUAAAGCUGGCGCCGCAGUAUAUUGAUAAAAAUAGAAUUAGUGCAUGUAAACAUUUGAGCAAACUUGUACAUGAAUUAUGUUAUACACCCGAGUCACCACGGCUCCUGAUUGGCCAAGACAAUUGGCACCUCAUAGUAACUCGAGAGGUCAGGCGAGGUCAGCCGGGUGAACCAGUGGCGUCGCGUACUAACCUAGGCUGGGUGCUGCACGGAACCGACGCGGGCGCAGCACGCCCGGUAAACUUCAUCAACACGAUAUCACAUUUAGUUAAUAAAGAUGAAGAAAUGCACGAGACAAUUAAACGUCACUUCGAUAUAGAAUCAUUAGGCGUGACACCUAGACGGCCGUCCACAGAUAUAGAGGCACAGGCCACUGACAUAUUGGAAAGUACGUGCACAAGACUAGAAGACGGGCGGUUUGAGGCCGGCCUAUUGUGGAAACGCGACGUCAAGUGUAUGCCGGAGAGUUACGCAUCUGCUUUUAAUAGAUUGAAAAAUGUAGAGCGCAAAUUAGAUAAAGAUAGUCAUUUAAAGAAAGAAUACUCUGCGCAAAUCGACCACCUCAUAACAAACGGUUACGCAGAAAAGGCGCCGACAUGCGCUGAUGAGAUAAAAAAUGAUAAGCAGUGGUACUUACCUCAUUUCGCGGUGACGCACCCGGUAAAAAAGAAAAUAAGAAUAGUUUUCGACGCAGCCGCCAGGUCGCGUGGCGUUAGCCUAAAUGAUGCAUUGUUGCCGGGCCCGGACUUAUUAAAAUCGUUAUUCGGUGUUUUAUUGAAAUUCAGACGCGGACCGUACGCUGUCGCGGCCGAUAUUAAGGAAAUGUUUUUACAAAUAAAAAUAAGAGAAAAGGACCGCGACAGUCUACGCUUCUUAUGGCGAGGCGACAAUAGAGAGGUAACGCCCACUCAAUAUAGAAUGACUUCGGUCAUAUUCGGGGCGACGUCGUCGCCAAGCACAGCGAUAUAUGUGAAAAACAAAAACGCAUUAGAACACGCUACAGAAUACCCCGCCGCGGCUGAGGCAAUAAUAAACAAUCAUUAUAUGGACGACUAUUUGCACAGUUUUCAUUCAGAAACAGAGUUCAUAAGUGUGACGUCGCAAGUAAAUAUGAUACACAAGAAGGCUUGUUUUGAAUUGCGUGGGUGGGCGUCUAAUAAACCGGGGCUCCUGCAUGAGUUAAUCGACACGAACAGCGCUGUAAAAACGGAAGUGGACCUGGGUGAGAAGGAAGAGAAGACGCUGGGUCUGCGCUGGUUUACAACUUCAGACAAAUUAGGUUUCAGGGCUAACCUGCGCAACACACCGCAGGACAUAGCGUCGGGCAUACGCACGCCCACUAAGAGAGAGGUAACCAGCGCAGUAAUGUCGACUUUUGACCCAUUAGGAUUAGCGUCUCCUGUUUUAAUACAGGGAAAAAAACUACUACAAGACAUAUGGCGCAGCGGAGUGUCAUGGGACCAGCAGAUCGAGAAUCGAGAGGACGUCGCCUGGAGAAAGUACCUGCAAGACGUGAAGGUUCUACAGGACUUACAGAUUCCUAGGUGCCUGGCGCCACACUGCACAGAAGGGGAGCUGCAUACGUUCACAGAUGCAAGUGAGCAGGCGUAUGCAGCUGCAGUGUAUUGGCGGACCAGUACUGCAGACGGCAGAAACCUCACGCGGCUGGUGGCAGCUAAAGUCAGAGUCACACCGUUGAAACCCGUGUCGGUACCGAGACUAGAACUGCAGGCGGCACUACUUGGGAGCAGGUUGGCGCGCUCGGUAGAAGAGGAACUAGAUUUGCAAGUCGAGCGAAAGGUCUACUGGACAGACUCCAGCGUUGUAUUGUCGUGGAUAAAGACGGACCCGCGGACGUUUAAGAUGUUCGUUGCUCAUCGGCUGGCCGAAAUUGAAGAAUCAACGCGCCCACAAGAAUGGCGCUGGGUGCCGACCGCACUUAACCCCGCCGACGACGCGAUGCGCGACGUCCCCGAACACUUCAAUGCUAAUCACCAGCGUCGUGCACACAACACCGACCCGGCGCGCUUCAGCGCCUGGACGCGCUUGCUGCGCGCGACAGCGCGCGUGCUGCAUUCACGCAACUGUGCCGACGACGCGUGCAUGUGCACGCCUGCCACGACCGCCUGGCGCAAGGCGGGCCCGAAGCGGGCGCCUACCCGGGCGCCACCCACCGCACAGGCGCCUAGCACGCGCUUCGUGCCACUCGACGCAGAGCUGCUGCGACGGGCGGAGCUGCUACUGCUGGCGCGCAGCCAGCACGACAGCUUCGCAGACGACCUGCGCAACCUCCGGCUGCAGCAUCAGCUGGAGCGAGGCAGCCAGCUGCGUCGCCUUGACGUGGUGCUCGAGGACGGCGUCAUCAAGCUGCGCGGCCGCAUCGACGCUGUGCAAGGCGUCAGCCUUGCAUACAGGCGUCCACUGGUGCUCGACGGGCGCCACCAGGUGGCGCGCCUCAUCGUGGCGCAUUACCAUCACCGGUUCAAUCACGCGAAUCACGCCACGGUGAUGAACGAACUAAGGCAACACUACUGGAUCCUCGGGCUACGGGCAGCGCUGCGUGCUGUGCAGCACCACUGCCAGUGGUGCAAGCUGCGGAGAGCGCAGCCCACGCGCUACCAACGGGCAACCUACCUGCGGAGAGGCUGGCGCAUGGGUGCCACCCUUUCACCGGCGUCGAUUACUUCGGCCCCAUGGUGA